AUGGGUUUCCCUGGUAUUCCAGGAUCAAAUGGUAUACCGGGAGUGCCGGGCGUCCCGGGGCCACACGGACCCCAGGGAAGAGAAGGUGUAAAAGGACAAAUUGGUGAUAAAGGAUCACAAGGAAUGCCGGGUCCAAGAGGAGACAGAGGGCGCGAAGGACCCCCUGGGAAGAGUGGACCCCGAGGAAUUAAGGGAAUGAAAGGUCAACAGGGACUUCUGGGAAUGAAACGAGAGCAAGGAGCUGUGGGAAUAAAAGGAGAGCGGGGUAUUGUGGGAAUGAAAGGGGUGCGCGGAACUGUAGGAAUGAAAGGAGAGCGAGGCAUUGUGGGAAUGAAAGGAGUGCGCGGAGCUGUAGGAAUGAAAGGAGAGCGAGGCAUUGUGGAAAUAAAAGGAGUGCGCGGAGCUGUAGGAAUGAAAGGAGAGCGAGGCAUUGUGGGAAUGAAAGGAGUGCGCGGAGCUGUAGGAAUGAAAGGAGAGCGAGGCAUUGUGGGGAUGAAAGGAGAGCGAGGUAUUGUGGGAAUGAAAGGAGAGCGCGGAGCUGUGGGAAUGAAAGGAAAGCGAGGCAUUGCGGGAAUGAAAGGAAGAAAAGGAGAGAAGGGAGAGAAAGGAGAAAGCACCAAAGCAAAUCAAGCAAGUGUGGUACCACAAAGCAACUGGAAACAAUGUGUGUGGAUAGCAGACAGCAGUACUGAUAACGGAAAGAUUAAGGUUAUUAGAAUAGGAAUCAUCAUACACUCCUAAGAAAAUUCAUUCCGUUUUACAUUAAAAUAUUUCAAAGAAGAAAGUCUCCCUCUCACUCACUGUUUGCCAACACAUUACAUAAAUAACUAAGUUACAUUUCUCUCUACUUUGGUUCUUUUUUGAACGAAAAAAGAAAACCAUCAUGCGCGAUAAAAUGAUUCCUGGCCAUAUGGAUAUGGACAACGAAAAUUUAAGCUAUUACAGAGUUUUUGAAAAUUAGAAAGUAUGUUGACUGGAGUUGUUGGUAUCAAUCAUUACGACACGGCUGCUCUCCUUACUACAAUAUGUUUGAUUUGUUUGCUUUUAUUCCAGGACUGUGCGUUUAAUAAACUGCAGUCUAAUUCAGCGCUCAGAGUGUCAUUCCAGGGAAACAUGAGGGUCCAUGGUGAUGGUAUGUGUAACCGAUGGUAUUUCAAGUUCAAUGGAAAUGAAUGUAGUGGACCAAUGACCAUUGAGGCUGCUGUUUUCAACUACUGGCCAUCUGGGAACAACGCUAAUCUGCUCCAUCAUCGUUCAUUUGAGGGGUACUGUGAAAACAUCCCACAAGGCGCUGUUAGAGUGGAAUUAUGGGUAGGACAGUGUGGUAUGUCGACCUUGGGUAAUGCUCACACUGGGUGGAAUUCAGUGUCCCGGAUAAUGAUUGAAGAAGUAUCUAGGCCCCAGUCCUAA